GGCCCCCAAAUCUUUGCCAUUCCUCCAUAAGGAAUCUGGGCCACAAGUACAGAGCGUUCAUUCGACGAAAUCUGCAUUAUUAUUUUUAUUGUCAUUACCAUGAAAAUAAAGGAUCUCUUUUUUUUGCUCUCGAGUUUGCUGUACGGUGUGUUUGGUGUUGAUACAUUUAAAGUGUCAGUGAAGGAGGGAGAUUCAGUCACUCUAAACACUGGUGUUACAGUAACCCAAAAAGACAGAAUAAAAUGGUACUUUAAUGACACUUGCAUCGCUAAAAUCAUUGGAGGCCAGAGUAAAAUCUAUACAGAUGUUCAGUUUACUGAGAGAUUCAGAGACAGACUGAAGCUGGAUCACCAGACUGGAUCUCUGACCAUCAUGAACACCAGAAAAGCAGACGCUGGACUCUAUAACCUACAGAUCAUCUUUAACGGCAGCAGCAGUUUUAAAAUCUUCAUUGUUAAUGUCACUGAUGUUCCUGCUGCUCAACGAGAUGAACAGACCAAGUCAGUGAAGGAGGGUGAAUCUGUUACUUUAGAUCCUGGUGCAAUAAAAAACUCAAAAGAUUUACUGACAUGGCAUUUUAAUGAGAUUCUCGUCAUUGCUAACAUCGCUGGAGAUCAGAGUAAGAUCUGUACAGAUGUUCAGUGUGAAGAGAGAUUCAGAGACAGACUGAAGCUGGAUCAUCAGACUGGAUCUUUGACCAUCAUGAACACCAGAACCACAGACUCUGGAGAAUAUGAACUGAAGAUCACCAGCAGUCACAUCAGCAUCCAGCGUCGUCGCCGCAGCGUCACCAUCACCAGUGGAAAGAGCUUCAGUGUUUCUGUAAUUGCUGUUCCAGAUUCAGAUCUGUCUUCAGGUGCUGUAGCAGGAAUAGUUGUUGUUGUUGUUCUGCUUGUUGCAGCUGUAACUGCUCGUGUGGUUCACUGUCGCCGCAGGAUCCUUACAGCAGUACCACAGAAUGAGGAUGAUGGUUUGUAGAAGACUCGUCCCCUAAGUAGACUGAUAUGAGGGUUCUCCAACGCCGGAGAAGGAGCACGUCGCAACCAAGACGUGUGACACCAACGCCGGAGAAGGAGCACGUCGCAACCAAGACGUGUGACACCAACUCCGGAGAAGGAGCACGUCGCAACCAAGACGUGUGACACCAACGCCGGAGAAUGGGCACGUCGCAACCAAGACGUGUUACACCAAAGCCGGAGAAGGAGCACGUCGCAACCAAGACGUGUGACACCAACGCCGGAGAAGGAGCACGUCGCAACCAAGACGUGUGACACCAAAGCCGGAGAAGGAGCACGUCGCAACCAAGACGUGUGACACCAAAGCCGGAGAAGGAGCACGUCGCAACCAAGACGUGUGACACCAACGCCGGAGAAGGAGCACGUCGCAACCAAGACGUGUGACACCAAAGCCGGAGAAGGAGCACGUCGCAACCAAGACGUGUGACACCAAAACCGGAGAAGGAGCACGUCGCAACCAAGACGUGUGACACCAACGCCGGAGAAGGAGCACGUCGCAACCAAGACGUGUGACACCAAAGCCGGACAAUGGGCACGUCGCAACCAAGACGUGUGACACCAAAGCCGGAGAAGGAGCACGUCGCAACCAAGACGUGUGACACCAACGCCGGAGAAGGAGCACGUCGCAACCAAGACGUGUGACACCAACGCCGGAGAAUGGGCACGUCGCAACCAAGACGUGUGACACCAAAGCCGGAGAAGGAGCACGUCGCAACCAAGACGUGUGACACCAACGCCGGAGAAGGAGCACGUCGCAACCAAGACGUGUGACACCAACGCCGGAGAAUGGGCACGUCGCAACCAAGACGUGUGACACCAACGCCGGAGAAUGGGCACGUCGCAACCAAGACGUGUGACACCAAAGCCGGAGAAGGAGCACGUCGCAACCAAGACGUGUGACACCAACGCCGGAGAAGGAGCACGUCGCAACCAAGACGUGUGACACCAAAGCCGGAGAAUGGGCACGUCGCAACCAAGACGUGUGACACCAAAGCCGGACAAUGGGCACGUCGCAACCAAGACGUGUGACACCAAAGCCGGACAAUGGGCACGUCGCAACCAAGACGUGUGACACCAAAGCCGGAGAAGGAGCACGUCGCAACCAAGACGUGUGACACCAACGCCGGAGAAGGAGCACGUCGCAACCAAGACGUGUGACACCAAAGCCGGAGAAUGGGCACGUCGCAACCAAGACGUGUGACACCAAAGCCGGAGAAUGGGCACGUUGCAACCAAGACGUGUGACACCAACGCCGGAGAAUGGGCACGUCGCAACCAAGACGUGUGACACCAACGCCGGAGAAUGGGCACGUCGCAACCAAGACGUGUGACACCAACGCCGGAGAAUGGGCACGUCGCAACCAAGACGUGUGACACCAACGCCGGAGAAUGGGCACGUCGCAACCAAGACGUGUGACACCAACGCCGGAGAAUGGGCACGUCGCAACCAAGACGUGUGACACCAACGCCGGAGAAUGGGCACGUUGCAACCAAGACGUGUGACACCAACAUAAUAUUCUGAGAUAUGUCAUUCUGAGCUUUUACUUUUGAUAGUGGUUAGAAUUUUAAUUAAUACAGCUGACUAUACAAUGUGUGAAUAGAUUAGCAAUAUCAGACUAUAUGCGAUUAUUGUUUUCAGGAGAUUAAGUCAUUUUAAUAGCCUAUUAUUUUAAAGAAAUCAAAUAUAAUAAAAUAUAGGAAAAUACUAUUCUAAUCACAAAUUUUUUAAAAGUAAUGUAAAUGUCAAUUAUGUUUUCAACUAUAGCUUUAGGUUUAUUGGCCUCGAUGAGUGUGAGACUCCCGGCCUGAGAUUGUGUCCCAGACGGAAUUAAAUAAUUUGUGAAUCUCUGUCAAUAUUCGUGACUUGUACAGCGGAAAAAUUUACUGUAAUGCAGUUCUGUGGUUUUUCCUAGGCAGGGUUAUUAUAGUUAAUUAAUAUCAAAAAUUAUUAAAAAAUGUAUGCUAAUCGAAAUAAACCUGAAAUAUAAGAAAAUAUAAAUGUUAGUUGAAAAACUUAUGAACUGAAUGAAAAUUAUUGUCAGUAUCAUUUCUGGGGAUUUUUUCUCCCUGACUUUCAACUGACGCGAUCAUCUUUUCAUUAACCGACAAGAUUAAAUUAAAUUAAUUAAAUGAAAUUAGAAUUGAUAAGUGUCUGUGAGUCAUUAAAAAAAUCCCAGGGGUUUAGUUUUAGCCUACAUGAAGUUCAUAGGCAUAACAAAACACAGAGUCUGAUUGUUUGGAAUAUUCAAGCCAGGGGUGGAUAUGGUACCAGGCUGCCUUGAAGCUCCUCCUCCGGUCCCCCAUCAGAGUUCUUGGGUAUAUAUUCAUCAUUGGCUGCACAGGUGGUUCUCCCCGGGAUUUGCUGAUAUCUGCCAAAACAAAAAAAACAAAA